AUAAAUUCGAAAGGAACCACAGAGUACAGUCAUCGUAUUGUUUUGUAAAAAAAAAUCUAUUGUUCGCUGACCGGCAGUGUGGAUUAGGAAAUUCCUCUCCCUGUUCUUCCAGUGGUCACGAGUCAAAAUCAUGUAACACUACAUUGUGUCUGUGUGGUACGGUUCUGUUCAAACUUGAAUUAUCAAUUUUCUCCUUUCUUUGUACUGUCGACUGCGGGAGAUUCCGACUGUGUAGUAGUCGUAACCAUUUGUAGAGAAAAUCAGCUAUCUUAUUUGAGAACACACAAACUGUAACGUACCAGAUAAUCAGGGGAAUUGUUUCAGUGAAAAUGGAUGGUGUUACAUCAGCAGAUGUUGAAGAGGUGUUUUGGAAAUACACGGAAGUUGCCAAACUCCAUCUUGAAGAUGCUCGUUUGAAGGUCAAUGAACUUUGCUCUGAUUUUGAGCCAUGGCAACUGAUUUCAAUCAGUGUAGGAAUUACGAUAAUCUUAGCUUGGUUCUACAAUUGGCUGAGACACCCGCUUCGAACAUUACCGGAGAGAAUAAAGGCAUCUUUCUUCAAGUUUUUUCGCAGCCUUCCUAUCGUCAGAUCUAUGAUCCGGAAAGAAAUUGAGAAAUCAACUUACGCCGUUGCGCACAGCCUGAAUAAGAUGAAGCCAGGGGAGACGUACAUAAAGACGUUACCUGAGAAAGGUUUAUCGGAAGAUAAAGUUCUCGAAAGAAUCAAGACGGGAUACCAAGCAAUGGACGAUAUAGAUUGGAAAUCUGGCAAAGUGUCCGGCUGUGUCUAUGGAGGAACAGACGAUUUAUCUGAGCUGUGCGCUAAGGUAUAUAAAGAUUUUGCGUGGAGCAAUCCACUUCACCCAGACGUGUUCCCGAGUAUCCGCCGUAUGGAGGGCGAGGUGGUAGCAAUGUGCCUGUCCGUGUUCAAUGGUGGAUCAGACUCAUGUGGAGCGAUGACGUCAGGAGGAACUGAAAGCAUCUUAAUGGCUUGCUUAUCAUGCAGAGAAAGAGCAAGAGACAGGGGCAUUGAGUUUCCAGAAAUACUAGCGCCGAUGAGUGUCCACGCUGCCUUUGACAAAGCCGCCCACUAUUUCCACAUGAGGCUGGUUCACGUCCCACUUGAUAAGAAAACCCGUAAGGUUAACAUCAAGGCAAUGAAGCGUAGGAUUAACAGCAAGACGUGCAUGUUAGUUGGAUCUGCACCCGCAUUCCCAUUCGGACUGUUUGAUGACAUCGAAGCAAUAGCCGCUUUGGGAGUGAAGUAUGACAUCCCUGUCCACACCGACGCUUGUCUAGGAGGGUUCCUCAUUCCGUUUAUGGAGCAGGCCGGAUUUCCCGUUCCCCCGUUUGACUUCAGGUUGAAGGGAGUUACAACUAUAUCUGCCGAUACCCACAAGUAUGGAUUUGCGCCUAAAGGCUCCUCAGUGAUCCUAUACAGCAACAUGGAAAUGAGGCGUCGUCAGUUUUUCGUGGCUCCUGACUGGAUGGGAGGCAUCUACGCAUCACCCUCAAUCGCAGGAAGCCGUGCCGGAGCAAUAAUCGCAGCAUGCUGGGCUACAAUAAUGUACAUGGGAAAGCAAGGAUACGUUGACAGCACUCGCAAAAUCAUUCAAACCACAAGGAACAUGAUCACAGAAUUGAAAAAAGUUGAAGGAAUCUUCAUCUUUGGUGAGCCUGAAGUAAGCGUCAUUGCAAUCGGAUCCAAUGAUUUUGACGUCUAUCGUCUUUUCGGUGAUUUGACCAAGCGAGGUUGGAGCCUGAAUAAUCUGCAGUUCCCGCCAAGUUUCCAUUUAUGUUUGACCCUGCGUCACACCACACCGGGCGUGGCUGAAUCGUUUAUCAACGAUGUCAAGACGUGCACAGCAGAGUUAUUGACUGACCCAUCUGCAAAAUGUCAAGGCUCGGCUGCUGUGUACGGCACCUCCCAAGGCAUUCCAGAUCGAAGCAUCAUCACGGAAGUCGCCAAGUCUUUCUGGGACGCUUGCUACAGUACGGAAGAUCUUGAGCCUGCCAGUAAUGGCCACCACAAGUAAUUACCAUACCAUGUGAUACAACCUCAUGAAUAAUCAUUAGGCCUAUAAUGAUCAUAUCCAUUAAGGCUCGCCCACCUUGCACAGCGCAUCAGCAUAACUCCCUGGAUGUUAGCAUGUUAGAAGUUUGUUGCGCUAUUUUUUCCGCGCGGGCAUGUUUGCUGCUGGUCGAAACGUUUUUUUUUUUUUAUUUUUUAUAUGCAAGUCGCCUGACACACAAGGCCUGAAGGCCACUUCAAGGUGUG